AUGGCUCAUCACAAAUCGAAAACAAAACCACCAACGCGUCCUAACUCGCCUUCCAAGCAGACAGUCACUGAACCAUCCAGUCCAUUACCCGCGCCCACUCAAGGAAUAUCGGGAAGACUAUUCGGAUUGUUCAAGAAAUUCCCCAUGCAAAUCACCAGUCCAUCGAAGGAGGUUUCUCCAUCAUCGCCUCAAGAAGAUCAGCAUACCAAAUCAGUAGAAGAAUCGGACUCGGCGCAGGAGGGGGAGGACUCGGAGGAUGAAGAGGAGGAUGAAGAGGAGGAUGAAGAGGAGGAUGAAGAUGAAGAGGGCACCGAGCAAGAAGUUGUAACUGAAAGCGAAGAGGAAGACCCGCUUGGUGAUGAACAAUGCAAAGCAAUCAUGGAAAACUAUCUUCUCGAAACCUCGACACGAACCAAUCUCCUACGAAAUAGAAUCCAAGCACACUUCAGACCAGCAUUAAGACGGCGACUAGACUUCGAACUAUCUCGAAUCACUCCAAGCAUCGCCAACGUCACGGCGCUUGACUACCAUCAACGCGAUCAAGGCGUCCUGAGACAUACGAUGGAACACGUCGCUCGUCUGGCUAUCGAGCAGAAGACCAUCUCGAUCGGUAUGAAACGCAGUCAGAGUCAACAAGAACAAAUCUGGGACGAGAAGGAGAAAAGCCAUCAUCGUAAACGUAAACGGCAGCUGACAAAUAACUCCGGAUCUGUAUCCUCUAAAUCGAGCAAACACACUGUCGAUCCACUAGACCCAUCCAUCGGAACAAGUACUGCGCGUCCACUCUCGCGCUCGAAACCGCCGACAUCACGUUCGAACCAAGCAGGACACGCAAGGAAACAAUCCAACUCGUCGCUCGAGCCGACCGAUUUGAAUCCUAGACUGCCCUCGACACCACAGAUGUCGGAAUUCAAGCCGGUCAGAUUGGCCCGACGGAACGAGAGUCUGUUGAGUGUCAACGGGAGCCCGGUGAUCUCCUACGCUCCUGCUGAAACUCACGCCCUGCCGACCUCGGCCUCAGCUACCACGAUACUCAGCUCGAAGUUCUCGGAACUCUUCCCGCCUAGUACCACCUCCUCUAGUCUUGUCGACCAACACGUACAGGAUACCAAUAAUAGUAAUAUCUUUGGUCGUCAACUUAAUAAUAAUCACGAGAGCCUCCCUCAAAUCAAUCAGUUCACAUUUGUCGAAAAAUCUAAAUGGAAAGAACUCGAAUCUCAGUUGAAUUCUCUUGAAAUCGAUCAGAUUCAAAAGAAGAAAUUAGACGACCUGCUCAAAGGUUGCUUGAACUUCGGUGAGAGUUAG